AUGUAUUCUAAUACACUCCUUACUCUCGCCGCUCUUGGCGCCGUUACUUCUGCCUUUGAUCUCCCAGACAACUUGAAACAGAUAUACGAUAACCAUCGGUCUGGCAACUGCCAAAAUGCUCUAUCCGAUGCCUUCUCAGGCGGCGCAGUCUACUGUGGCGACAUUCCCAAUGCCAUCUUUUUAAAGGGAUCCAGCGGCAACUACGAUAACAUGGACAUUGACUGCGAUGGCGCUAAUAACUCUGCCGGCGCCUGCUCAAAUGACCCCAGCGGCCAAGGCGAGACCGCUUUCAAGGAUACUGUCCAGAGCUUUGGCAUUGAUGACUUGGACGCCAACAUUCACCCAUACGUCGUAUUUGGAAAUGAGGGCGCUGAUCCCUCAUUUUCGCCCGAGCAGUUCGGAAUGCAACCCUUGAGUGUCAUGGCUGUCGUCUGCAACAACCAAGUCUUUUACGGAAUCUGGGGCGACACCAACGGCUUCACUUCCACCGGCGAAUCGGCCAUUUCUAUGGGCAACCUUUGCUUUCCCAAUGAUGGCCUCACCGGUGAUAACGGCCACGAUCCCAAGGAUGUCUUGUAUAUCGGCUUCAUGGGCCAGCAGGCAGUCCCAGGCGCUGACGGCGCUAACUGGAGCGCUGGAAACACGGCGGAUUUUGAGAACAGCAUCAAGAGCCUUGGAGAUAGCCUUGUUGCUGGUCUUCAGGCAUAG